AUGACUAGAAAAUUGAAUGAGGACGAAACAUUAAAAUUUGUUCAGCUGUAUAGAGAGCAAGAAUGCUUGUGGGAUAAGAGGUGCGAUGCUUACAAAAAUAAGCUAAUGCGGGCUUCGGCAAUAGAAGCCCUGCGUGAUGGAAUGAAUAAAAGACUGACUACCUAUGAAGAUAACACAGAAGACUCACAUAGCGUCUCUUCACAUAUCUCAACACACGAACAAGGAUCAUCGUCGGUUAAUACACCGCGCUCGGACAAUGGGGUAGAAAAUGAAUCAGAGACACCACAAGAGGCGGAACAAGAUACAUCACAAUUCACUCCACCCACUAAAAAAACUAAGCGGGGAAAAUUAUCCCAGUUAUCUGACAUGAUAAAAGAUCUGACAAAUAUUAAUAACGAAAACACAAACACAUCCAUAUGCAGCGAAGAAACAGAUCUGGAUAUAUUUGGAAAAAGCGUCUCGGCACAAAUGAAAAAAUUAUCAGAGGAAUAG